CUGAAUUUGCCACGUACUUGAAUUUCUGCCGUUCUUUGCGUUUUGAUGACAAGCCGGACUAUUCCUAUCUAAGGCAAUUAUUUAGAAACCUCUUUCAUCGGCAGGGGUUCUCCUAUGACUAUGUAUUUGACUGGAACAUGCUGAAAUUUGGUGCAAGCAGAGCAGCUGAAGAUGCUGAACGUGAAAGGCGAGAACGAGAGGAAAGGUUAAGACACACACGAAAUCCGGCUGUACGUGGAUUACCCUCCACUGCUUCUGGCAGGCUAAGAGGAGCGCAAGAUGCUGCUCCUCCUGCUCCACUUACCCCGACUUCACAUGCUGCCAACACCUCCCCUCGGCCAGUAUCGGGUAUGGAACGAGAAAGGAAAGUGAGUAUGAGAUUGCAUCGUGGUGCCCCAGUCAAUAUCUCUUCGUCUGAUUUAACAGGCCGACAAGAUACGUCUCGCAUGUCAACUUCACAGAUUCCUGCUCGGGUUACUACCAGUGUUCUCCAGUCUGCUGUGCACCGAUGAAAAUUAUUUUGCCAUGGAGGGCAGAUAAUGCAUGGCUGAUCUCCCAUGUUACCAAUGGCUUUACUAGCAAAUAUAACCUAAACUAGAGUGGAAAUUGGAGUUCUCCAUGUCACCUAAAAGGCACUUGGAGGAACCUGCGGAGACUCCAGCAGCUGCCAUUACAGGAUGCUUUUGCCAGAAACCCAGUGACCUUAAGAGAACCCUGUGGUAACAGGGCUGGAAAAGAAAGAUGGUUUACAGAGUUCCCCGCCUGUUACUGGAUGGCUAUUUCAGUUUUCCCUCCACAGGCGGCAGACUUUACUCCCUUUUUAUUAUUCUACUGUAAUUACAAAUCUUUUACUUGGUUUAAGAAAAUUUUUUGUAUCAUUUUGCUAAAAUUAUUGGCUUACUUCUCUGUAAAGAACUUUUGCUUUGGUCUGAUUUAAAAAUGUAGAAUAUAAACAAACCUGAACUAAAGACAAUGACUUGAAAUUUCUUGUUUGAAAGAUUAGUCUGCCAGGGAACAUGUAAAUGAAUCAAAACCAUCUGAUGUUAUUUAAAUUGUUCACUUUCACGUAUUGUCCAAUCCUGAGUCGGCUUUCUCAUGAAAUUUUAAAAACUGUUAGAAGUUUAUUUUACUGUUUGCUGUCUUCAUUCACCCUGGACAUUUAACUUUCUGUGUAGCACAAAGGAAUUUUUAAUACUCAUUGUUUCAUAGAAGAGGAGAACUAAAUACUCUGCAGGAGAGUCAUAGGUAUAGUAGAGAUUGUAGUAAUGGAUUUUUUUUUUUUUGUAAAGAACAUGAAGGACAAAGUGAGACUGGCAUUUGAGGGAUUUAGAACUAGAAAGCUUGUUCUAUCUGUCUGCUUAGUUUGGGUGAGUCUUCACUGAAUUUGCAUGUUUCCUUCAGUAUCUACAUGUUUAUAAAUAAAUAAAUAAAUACAUCGA